CACAUCCUCCCUCAGACUCCCCACUCCAUACGAGCAAUCCUUCUCGUAAGGGCCGGCAGCUUUGGAGCUGAAGGUGAGCAGCUAUUGCCAGUGGACGUCCAUCUGGAAAAGGAAGACUGGAAGAAACUUGUCAGACAAAAGAACUUUGCAACAUCAAGCAGAACUUGUCUGAAGCCCUUCCUGGGAUUUUGAAGAGAACCAAGGAAACAUAGUGAGCUGCCAGCAACUGCCUGGCUGUCCAGCAUCACCACGAUGAAUGAGAGUCGAAGGGAAGCACUGGCGGCCGCGGCCCCAGCGCUCACUACUGCCUCCUCCUCAACAGCUGGCUCAAACACCACCAGUAUUGCUGGAUCAGGUACAGGAGAGAAGGACGAAGCCUUCUCCAAGCUGAAGAACAAGUUCAUGAAUGAGCUGAACAAAAUCCCCUUGCCGUCAUGGGCCAUCGUCUCGAUUGCUUUUGUGGCCAUCAUUCUGGUGUUAGCCUGCUGCUUUUGCGUCUGCAAAAAGUGGAUUUUCAAAAAGAAAAACAAGAAGAAGGGCAAAGACAAGGGCAAAAACGCCAUCAACAUGAAGGACGUCAUGGAUGGGGCCAAAACCGAGGCCUUGAAGGAUGAGGAGGAUGCGGAGACAGGGCUGACUGAAACGCAGAAAGAGGCUGAGCCAAAGGAGGACGAGAAACUGGGCAAAUUACAGUACUCCCUGGAUUACAAUUUCACCGAGAAUACGCUCAUAGUGGGGAUCAUCCAGGCUGCAGAGCUGCCUGCCAUGGAUAUGGGAGGCACAUCUGACCCUUACGUGAAGGUCUACCUUCUGCCCGACAAGAAGAAGAAAUUUGAGACUAAGGUCCACAGGAAGACCCUAAACCCAGUCUUCAAUGAGCAGUUUACCUUCAAGGUACCUUAUGUAGAGCUUGGUGGCAAAACGCUGGUGAUGACAGUGUACGACUUUGACCGCUUUUCCAAGCACGAUGCCAUUGGUGACAUCAAGGUGCCGAUGAACAAGGUGGACUUCAGCCAUGUAACAGAGGAGUGGAGAGAUCUACAGAGUGCUGAGAAGGAGGAGCAAGAGAAGCUGGGUGAUAUCUGCUUCUCUCUGCGAUACGUUCCCACUGCCGGCAAGCUGACCGUGGUUAUCCUCGAGGCCAAAAACCUGAAAAAAAUGGACGUGGGAGGCUUGUCAGAUCCAUACGCGAAGAUCCACCUCAUGCAAAACGGAAAGAGGCUGAAGAAGAAGAAAACGACAAUCAAGAAGAACACCCUCAACCCGUACUACAACGAGUCCUUCAGCUUCGAAGUCCCAUUUGAACAAAUCCAGAAAGUGCAAGUUGUUAUAACUGUUCUGGACUAUGACAAGAUCGGCAAGAACGAUGCCAUUGGUAAGGUGUUCGUGGGCCUGAACAGCACGGGCACGGAGCUUCGCCACUGGUCCGACAUGCUGGCCAACCCGCGGAGACCAAUCGCCCAGUGGCAUGUGCUGAAGCCCGAGGAGGAAGUGGACGCUCAGCUCUCCACCAAGAAAUAGACAGGGCCCUUUCAGCUCCUGCCUUGUAGUACUCUUUAGCCAGUAUGUGUAAAUACCUCAGUGAUAUAUGGGUCCAUCCAAGUAAGCCCUCCCUUUACCCUAUGAUUACACAAAGUAAAGCGUUCAAACGUACCGCUUUUAUUUUUUGGGUAGGUUCUCCGUUUGGGUUCCUCUCUGAUUUGAUUGAUUUCGUUCUCCGAGCCCUUCACCGCCAUGACCAAAAGCCCCCUUCUUUUAAGCAAUAUGAUCUGUAUAGAUAGCGCAUGACUGAAAGAGUUUAUUGUAUCACAGUUGUAUAUAUAUAAGUAUGCAGACAAAAAUGAUUUCUAGUUUCUGUGUUUGUAUGUUGUUACCCGUUUCCUAAUCUGUGUAUAUCUCGAUGUUUUUAAUAAGAUGUUCUAUUUUAAAUUAUGUAAAUGCAGAUAUAGAGGAAAGCCAAUAUUAUAUAUCCCAGGAUUUAAAAACGUCUACCUUAUUACCUUAUUGCAUUCCAGAAUAAAACAAUUAACUCUAACCUGAUUGUAAAGGACGGCAUCUGGGUUUAAGUUCAGCAUCAUAGAGGAAAACAAAAAAAAAACAAUACAAGGCCAUUAACUGCUAUGGGUUUGUUGGGAAAAUUAUGCUGCUGGACGUUUUAAAAGCACAUGACUUCUAAUGAUGUUUCAUACUUAGUUCUCUACCGGGAACUGCAGUUUAUGUUUGAGUUGAAAAAUUAAGUCUGUCUUAUUUUCAUAUAUGGCAAGAAUAUUUUUUGAUUUUCGUUUUCAAAAUUUGUUGAGAAACCGACCCGACGUUUGAGGGGUAAAAAAGCACCAAGCUGUAGCCAUUGUGCCCUUAACCUUUUUUGACAAUAUUUUUGUUUAAACAGCCUUGUCAUAGUUAGAAGUGUCACGUUUUACAAAAAACUUAACCUUUGUCUCAACAGAAUGUUGAGUUUCUAAACACUGCCAUUUUCAGGGAGGUGACUUGAGUUGAGAGCCCCUCUCCUCAUGCAUACUCCCACUUGCUAGUGGUUGUAGCUUUGGUUUUUCGGGAACAAUGUCUCUGGCUGCAGUGGUGCCCUAAAUCGCAGUCUAUGCUUUGCGUUGCCUUCUCACAGUGACAAUAGAGCUAGCCAUGUUUUACUGCCAAUUUUAACUUUUAUGUGGCUGCUGUUUUUGCACCGGACGUCUUUAAAACUCGCGAGUUGACUUCUCUGAGAAACAUUUCUGCUUUGUGUCAGGACACCUGCAGGGGGAGCCAGAGAUCCUGACAAGGGUUUCUUUGAAGCAGGGCAAGGAAUUAAAAAUAGAGGUGUGGGGAAAUUUGGCCAGUCAAUUUAGUAAACUGUACAUUAACAGCAUUGGUUUGUUUUUGAUAGAUAGACAGAUGUAGCGUUUUUAUUGAGACAUUAAGCUUAGAAUUUAAUUUAUGUUGAUUAAAAUCAAGUUGUAACUUAUUUACAUACAUUUAUAUAGUUUCCUGCUGCUGAAAGGUUUGUUUAAAUGGUAUUGAUUGAAGUGAAAAUCUGCCCAAAAUUCCAAUAUCAGUGCUCAUAAACGUUUUUGUUUUGCUCGUUUUCAAACUAACAACUCGUACUUUUCUCCUAAACUACUCUUCAGAUGGAGUGUAAACCAUGCUUAGAGUGCUCAAUACAGUGCAAAUGGAUUGUAAUCUGUUUCCAGAGUUUCCUAAUCAAAGGGAGUGAACAGAAGUAUGUGUGUACAGUUUCCUAAAUUUAGUUAAUGAAUUACAAUAUGUAUGAAUGGUUUUGAAAAAUGCUGAAAUAAUUGUUUGUGAACUGAAAGAAAAAAAUUGCAAAUGACUAAAUUAGAGUAUAAGAAUCUUGGGUGUGUGUAUAGUUUCCUAAAUUUAGAGAAUUGAUUAAAAUACAUGAAAACUGCAAGAACGGGUUGCAAGUUGUACAGAAAAUUCCCUAAACAGAUUCUAAUGCAUGUACACAAUUUCCUAAACCGAGGGAAUGCAUUGGAGUCUGAACGGUUUUCUAAUCUGGAGGAAUCGAUUGCACUCCAGUUGUAUGGCUUUUAAACUGCUGGAAUUGAUUCCUAUGUGUGCAUACGAUUUCUUAAACUGAGGAAAUGAACUGUAUUCUAUGGUAAAGUUUCCUCAACUAAGAAACGACUAAUCGCAAUCUAAGCGUAAAAUUUUCAAAACUAAAGGUACAGAUCACAGUGUGUGCAUGGAGUUUCCCACACAGAAAGAAUACACUGCAUGCAAAGGUUUCCUAAACUAAGGAAAUAAUUAUCUGUGCUUACAGUUUCCUAAUCUCAAUGAAUUAGUAGUAAUUCAUACACAGGUUUUGAAACUGCAGGAACAGAUCACAAUCUGUGUGUGGAGUUUUCUAUAUUAAUGAAACAGAUUGCAAUACAUGCACAUAGUUUACCCAAACUGUGGAAAUCAAUCACAUAUGGUUUCCUAAUCUAAAUGAGUAAAAUGCUGUAGUGAAUAGUUUCCUAAAGUGAGGGCUUGAAUUUCAGUUUGUGUUUACAGUUUCCUAAAUAGAGGGAACAAAUUGCAGUUCCUGCAUAGGUUUCCUAAACUAGGAAAUCUGAUUACAUUCUCUGCAUCUGGUUUUGUAAACUGACUGCAAAUUCCCUUGUACAGUUUUCUAAACUGAGGGAACUGCUGGUAAUAUGUGUAUAUUUUUAUAAACUAAGAGAAGGUAUGAUCAUUGUGCAUAUGGUUUCCAAAACAGGGGAGGUGGGUUGCAUAGGUUUCCUAACCUAGAGCACAUACCCCAGUCCAUGCAUAACUUUUAUAAACUAAGAGAACAGAUUUCAAACUGCGUACAGUUCCUAAACCGAGAAAACGGAUUUCCCCCGCCUCCUUUUUUUAUUCCACCUCCUUGCCUGUGUUGGGCUCCGCACCUUUAGGCCAACACCAUCAGUUUAGUCUUGUCGUUAACACACGACUACACCUGGAGAGCAGGUAAAUAACCAUACAAGUUAAUGGUCUGCUGUGUCCAUCGUAUCCUUUACUGACAGGUCCAAUUAGGAGUGGAAUAAUCCAUAAAAACCAUGAAGUCUCUUAUCUUGGAGGAACCUCCUGCAUAUACUCGAUGCUUAUACUUCAGGAGGACUUUCUAAAUGUUUUCAAUGUUAGUGUGUAGUCGAUAGCUCUAUUAUGAAAAAGCUACUUGUCAUUCCAUAGGAGUCUCUGAGGACUGCUUUGUGUAUCACUGUGACUGCCGUGUGUGCUUAGAGAUGUAGAUUUCAGUAGGUAGCGAGUUUGUUCUGUAGUGACGUCGUGGCGUUUAACGCCAGCCCCCCUUCCCGCCCCCUCCUCCUUCUACACGCAACCAGAGAAAGAGUGAGCGUGCACGUCACUGCCUGACGUCACGCGUUUUUAUCCGAGCGGGCCGCUUUCACACAGCAUUUUGUUGAGCACUGUGCAAUACUUGUAUGUUCAUCCCUUAGUGUUCAAAUCAGUGGAGAGGAUGACGUCCGGCCUUCCAGGUGAGAAGGUACGGACGCAGCGCACCGUAGAUCCAGCUUGUUCACCUCUUUUUAGGGUUUUCCUCUCACUUUUUUUUCGCAGGUUUGUUUCUCUCCACUUGCGCACAGUUCCAGCAUCAGAAGUUUCAGGGAGUCUCAAUUAAAAACCAAACAGGAUAAAUAUCCCUAAACAUGCUAUGUAUAUAUCCACACCAUGACAGAAAUAAAUAUAAAGCGAGAUAAAUAACUAUUUAACAACAAGUAUCUUUCAUCAGCAUUUUAAAUCUCUUCAUUAAUUAUAUUUUGCCUUAUUGGGUCAAAAUCCCUUUUUAUAUUGGAGAAGAAAACUGAAUGUACAGUACAGACUCUGCUAGUGUAGAUCUCUUUAAAUGGGAGAUUAAUAGAUGUACUUUGCACUUUUUGUUGUACAAAAAGGUAAUAUAGUAAUUGAAAUUAUUUUUAAACUACAUUAAUAACCUGUGUGAGGUAAAAAGUCUCCCUGUCUGUAAACUUUCUCCCAAUUUCAUCCCUGUUAAGGACUAAAAGUGCAACAAUUCAAUAAAAUAGAAUGUGUUUACAUGUGUGAUCAAUUAAAUAAAAUUUGAAUAAACACAUUAAAGAAAUCAAAAAUGUAUUUAUUUAAAUUUAUGAACAAAUACAUAAUGAAACCAAUAUUAAUUUAAGCAUCUGCCCUGCAACUCAACUGUAGACCAAUCACAUGGUGUAUAGAUGUAUUAGCCCCGCCCAUUGAAUAAAAUAAAAUAAAUGUAUGUUAUGUGACAAUGGGACAAGGAAAUAUUCAAAUUAAGAUCAUUUUACAAGUAACAUUUUAGAGUAAUAUAUUUAAAUAAGUAUGUAUUUCAUACAUUAUGGAAACAUUAAAAUAAUUAUAAAUGUAUUUAUUUAUUAAUUAGAUUUAUUCCUGAAUUUAUUUAUUUUAUUUUGAUUUCAUCACAGUUUUUAAUAUUUUAUUGUAUCUUGGGGCUACAGCUCCAUAAAUCAGUUGGAUCAACAAGUUAGAUCAGUAGAUCAAAAAAUUAUAUUACUAACCUACAGUCCAUCAUGAAAUAAUUAAAAUUCAAUAAAAUUCAAAUGGAUGUAAUAAAUUCAUGAUAUGCUGCACGCAGGGCAAUUAAAUAAUUAAAUAAAUUUACAUAAUAGUGACUUAGGAUUUCUUCAGGAUUUCCACAUUUUUACAUUUAAUUACAAAUUUAACAUAUUAGAUUUAAAUACUUUUUUCUUUGAUUUUGUUUUCAAUUUUAUUUUAUCACACAUCUAUAAAUAUAUAUUGAGCAACAGAUUUGUAAUAAAUUGUCUCCCUUUGGGCCAACAGUACAUCUCUCUUCAACUUGAGGGAAUUUUUUAAUCGACAUUUUGCAUGUGUAGAUCCAUGAAAUCCACAACAGCUUCAGAUUUAAAGUCCGAGGCCUCAACGAAUCAGACUGUGUUGAAGGAAUUAUCCGAUCAAACAGAGACACAUCAGGGAAUUCAGUAACGGGGGCAGCGUUGCAGAACCCAUCGGCUUGCGAGGUGGAAAAAAAAAACUUACAAAGCAAAAAGCCAUUAUAACCUGCACUGCAACGCCACGCCCUCCUCACCACUUAUUACGGUUUCCCACCAAAGCGUGCAAGUAUAAUCAACAAUGAGAAAAAUAUCUCCUAAAAAAGCUGAUCAAGCUCUCUGUGUGACAAGAUUCUCUCCAAUGGAAAAGCCACACUGACCUUUCAGAAGCAAAGCUGUGUAAAGUAUUAGAAUCUCAUGCUGUAGAAAGAUCCUAGAUGCCUUUGUGUAUAUCAACUGCCUGCUUGAGUAUUUUGUGUGUGGAAGUUUUCUCUGUAAUCUUGUAGAACUGUUUGGGGUGUUUUUUCCUGCCAUAUUGCUCGCAGCCACAGCGAGCCGCUGACGAUUAUAUUUGCUGUGUAUACCUUCAUUUUCUGAUGAGGUGUUUUACAGUUUUGUUUCACUUUGUGUAGUGAUUCACUCUGUGGAGUUUUCUGACUGUUGUUAUAUACCUUCAUAUACACAAAUGAUCAAUAAAAAUGUUUUAUUUCCUGUU